UGUUUUUCUUUUCUUUUUUGGAAACUAUAGGCUCGCCAAUCAAAGAACCGACGUCGUUUCCGCUAAUUACGCGCAACAUUAGACCGCCCCGCAAUCUUCUCCCUCUGUAUUUAUUAGUUCGUGUUUUAUGAGAGAGAAACGGAAGACAGAGCCGGUGAGUGUGUUUCAUUCGGAGUCCAGUUGUAGCGAUUAUUGACUACUCUCCGAAGUUGCUCAGAAAAAUCCCCCAAAUAACAAAUUAUAUGUUAACUACACAUCCCUGGUGUACUUUGUGUAUUUCUUUAUUACAGAGGGAAAGCAGAGUUUGGGUACUUUCUAGAUUUCAAUAUUUCUUUAUUACUGAGUGAAAAAAGAGUUGGGUAUCUCGGAAACCAGUGAAGAUUCGUUUUUGUUUUGAAUCUUUUUAAAUCUUGAUACAAAUACAAAGAAAGUAAAGAUUAAAGAUCGAUUUGGAAAGUGCAAAUCUUGAUUUCCUCAACCGUGCACUGCAUCUACAAGUAACUUUUUUUUUUAUAUAUGUUACUACUUAACUCCAAGAAAAGUGGGUGUCGCGCAUUUGGAUCAUCUGCUGUGCACACAGCCUGUUCGACUAAAAGUCCAUUAGAGAUCACUCAGAAAAAAAACACGAAUCUUGCAUUGUAAGAUUUCGGUUUGGAUUGGAGCCAAUGACGGCUGGUCUCAAGUAAUCAAAGACUUCUUUUCUGGGUAAAAGAAAAAGAAGAAGCAAGAAAGCGCUUUAUAUGCUGUAUGCGUUUUUUAUGUUAUGGGUAAUUGGAUGUUCGGUUGUAAAGAGCUCGAAUAAGGGUGUUAUUAGAGGGUAAUUUAAUUACAGGCGUACAAAUUGGGUAAACAAUUUGUGAAAAAUGUCGUCCGAGGUUGACAAAGAAGAAUCAAGAUCUUUGGCUUUGACUCCAACAUGGUCUGUGGCUACCGUGUUGACCAUCUUUGUUGUUGUUUCCUUGCUUGUAGAGAGAUCAAUUCAUCGUUUGAGCAACUGGUUGAGGAAAACAAAUCGCAAGCCAUUGCUUGCUGCCGUGGAGAAAAUGAAAGAAGAAUUGAUGCUUCUUGGCUUCAUAUCUCUCCUCCUUACAGCCACCUCUAGCAUAAUAUCGAAUAUUUGUAUCCCCUCAAAGUACUAUAAUAGUGCAUUUGCUCCAUGCACUAGGUCUGAUGUCGAUGAAGAAAUGGAGGGUAGUAAAAGGAAACUUUUGAUGAAUUUUGUUUAUCCUCAAAGGAGAGUAUUGAAUGUAUUGAAUCAGAACACCUGUCAAAAGGAUUAUGAGCCUUUUGUAUCAUAUGAAGGCCUUGAACAACUGCAUCGAUUUAUAUUUGUCAUGGCAAUUACUCAUGUGUCUUACAGCUGCUUAACAAUGCUUCUGGCUGUUGUGAAGAUCCAUAGUUGGAGGAGAUGGGAAGAUGAGGCUCAAGUGGACAGACAUGAUGUGCUAACUGAAAUAUCAAGAGAUGAGACAAUGCGAAGGCAGUCAACUAUGGUCAAAUUCCACUCAUCCAACCCUUUGCUUACAAAUGGUUUAGUUACUUGGAUGAUAUGUUUUUUUCGACAAUUUGGGCGUUCUGUUGUUCGUGCAGAUUACCUUACUCUACGUAAAGCCUUCAUCAUGAAUCACAACCUCACAUCAAAAUAUGAUUUUCACAGUUAUAUGAUUCGGUCCAUGGAAGAAGAAUUUCAGAGAAUAGUUGGAGUAAGUGGCCCACUCUGGGGAUUUGUGGUGGCCUUUAUGCUCUUUAACAUAAAAGGAUCGAAUCUUUAUUUUUGGAUUGCCAUUAUUCCUAUAACUCUUGUUUUGCUAGUGGGGACAAAACUGCAACAUGUUAUUGCUACUUUGGCACUUGAAAGUGCUGCAAAUACAGGGGGAUUCUUCUCUGAAAGAAGGUUAAAGCCUCGAGAUGAACUCUUUUGGUUUAAAAAGCCAGAACUUUUGCUCAAGUUAAUCCACUUUAUUCUUUUCCAGAACGCAUUUGAACUAGCUUCUUUCUUUUGGUUCUGGUGGCAAUUCGGUUAUAAUUCUUGUUUCAUCAAGAACCACAUGCUCGUGUACAUACGCCUGUUUUUAGGGUUUGUGGGCCAAUUCUUAUGCAGCUAUAGCACCCUACCACUCUAUGCCCUUGUUACCCAGAUGGGUACGAAUUACAAGGCAGCAUUAAUUCCACAAAGAAUAAGAGAUACAAUCCAUGGAUGGGGAAAGGAUGCAAGGAGAAGGAGAAGGCGGUUAGGCAUAUAUGGAGAUGAUUCAACGGUUCACACGGAUACAAGCACAGUCAUAUCUGUUGAGGAAUUAGAGCACCGUGAGCUGGAUAGCCCGCGGGCCCGCUUGCCACGUGGCGAGGGUCUGGAAAUUGAGUUACCGCCACGUGGCAAUUCCUCAUUUGCUGCUAAUGAAAACUCUAGUCGGGUUGGGACACCACUUCUUCGGCCUUGUGCCUCUGUGUCUUCUUCGGCUUCACCCAGCUUUGUUCCGGAAACUAUUACCAGAUCGGCUUCGUUGCCAGCUCAGAGGGAAUGAAGGUAAGAGAUUGAUAUUUUUUUUUAAUUUGUUAAUAUGUUGAGGUAGGUGAGUUGUGGUUAUUUAUAGGGGAGGGGAUGUGAUUACGUUAUGAUUUCUGAAAUUUAUAUGAUUGUAAAUGUAAACAUACAAUGAUACAGUCUUUUUUUUAUUACCAUACGAAAACACACAAGAUUGAAAAAAAAAA